AUGAAGGUGGAUGAGUUGGCUAAGCGUUGGGAAAAGUUGAAUUUGUCUAAGGAAGAGAGUAAGGUGUUCCAUGUCCAAAAUGAGGCUGCUAAGGAUGGAAGUAUUCGUGGGAAGCACUGUAUUAUUGGAAAAGUUUUGUCUGAAAAAGGAGUGAAUAAUGAAGCUUUUAGGACUACUAUGUCUCAAGUAUGGAGGUUGGAGGGCUGGGUGAGGUUUAAGGACCUGGGUGAUCUGAGUUUCUUAAUAGAGUUCCAAUGGUUAUCUGAUAAGGAAAAAGUUUUAAGUGGCCGUCCGUGGUUUUUUGAUAGACAUCUUUUGGCUUUGGUAGAAGUUGAUGAAGCUGUCUCCAUAGUUGGCGUACAGUUUAAUUAUGAACCUUUUUGGGUUCAGCUUCAUAAUUUGCCCCUGGCAGCUAUGACAGAAGCAGUGGGAGAGGAGUUUGGGUCUUCAAUAGGUCAUGUCAUUCGUGUGGAGGCUGAGUCUGAUGGCCUGGCAUGGGGGAGAUGCCUUAGAGUUAGAGUUGCUGUUGACCUGCAUAAGCCUUCACUAAGGGGUCGAUGGUUGCAAUAUGGGGAUAAUCAAUACUGGAUUUCUUUCAAAUAUGAAAGGCUCCAGAGUUUUUGUUUCAAUUGUGGGGUGCUAUGUCAUAAGGGGAGGGGAUGCUCAAGGCAGAGGCUGGAACAGCAAGGAGAAAGAGUGACUGCUCAGCAAUAUGGCCCCUGGCUCCGUGCCCAACCUAUGAUCAACAAUGAUGGUCGAAAGUAUGGAGGGAGCCAUAGCCAAAACCACCAUUCAAGGUGGCAACAGGGUGGUGCUUAG